UUCAAUAUGGCGGCUUCUAUGCGGGAUGGAAACUGAUUUAUUUAAAGAGGAAUUUAAAUAUUUUAAGAGUAGGAACUCUCCUAUUGACUAUUCUAAAGUAUUAGAUUUUGAGGAUGUCGAUAGAUUUCCGUUUAUAAUUAAGUAUGAUGAUGUAUCAAUGAGAAAUUUACUCGAUAAAUCCGAAAGUGUUUUCGAAAAAUCGGGAGCAUGCCAAACAUGUGAUAAAUUCGGUUUGAAAUCACAUGAUAAAUGGAAAAUAUACGGUCAUUCGGAAUUAAAUGGAUUAUUUAUUAUUACAAAUCCUUUCACUCCAUCGGGCCAAUCAUUUUGGAUACGAAAAUGUUUAGAGACUUAUCCAUAUAAACCUAAUAUUACUAAUUUAGAGAAACUUGGUAAAGAAAAUGAAUACAAAGAUUCAGAAUAUUUAAAAAACUUAAGAUGGACGACAAUUGGUUAUCAUCAUAACUGGGAUACUAAAGUUUAUAAUAAAGCAAAUAGAUCACCUUUCCCGGAAUGUUUGUACUAUUUGAUUUAUCACAUCAGUAGCGUGAUAGGAAACAAUACUUUCGAUCCACAAGCGGCAAUUAUUAAUUAUUAUCACCUUAAUUCUACUUUGAGUGGACAUACGGAUCACUCCGAACAAGAUCUGACAUCUCCAAUUUACUCGAUUAGUUUAGGACAAGAUGCUAUUUUCCUCAUUGGUGGGCGUACAAAAGCUGUUAGACCUUUUUCUAUAUUUCUUCGAAGUGGAGAUGUAAUUGUCAUGAGUGGUGAAAGCAGACUGAGUUAUCAUGGUGUUCCAAGAAUUUUACAGACUAAGGAAGAAAGAUGGACAUUUGAAGCCGAUACUGAACAGGAAUGUUAUGGUUCUUAUAUUAAGAAUUCGAGGAUAAAUAUAAAUGUUAGACAAGUAUUUGCAAAAGAAAAAGAGAUGAAUGAAUAAAUUUAAUGGGUUUAAUAUGUUUGCAGUUUGAUUUAUAUGAUAUUAUCUGGUUAAAUUUAUUAUUUUAAUUGGUAUCCAAGAUGAAUAAUGUAAUCUUGUUUUUGUUAACAUAUAGCAAAAUUAUGCAUUCAUAGUUUAUAGUAUUUUACUACAUAACUGUAAUAGAAACAAAGAUUUUGAUUUAUCAUACAAAAUACCGUAUUAAAUUUUAAAAAACUGUGUUCAUUGGUUUGAUGAACAUAAUUUCAUAGCAUAAAGUAUGGUUUGAUAUCCAUAUCACAACCGUCAUUAAGUUAUCAUGGUUUAUUCUUACAAGUUUUACAUGUAUAAAGUAAAUGUUAAAUACAUCUAUUAUUUUAAUUAAAAAUCUAAGAAUAAAUCUAUUUUAAUUCUAUUUCUACUGUCAGAUAGGAAUUGUAGAAGACAGUUUGGUGUUUUCCCUUUCAUUACAAUACAUUAAUCUAGUUAAAAGUGAGGCAAUAGAUGAAUGUAAAAUUUUAGAAAUAAAUGAAAUUUAAAAAAAUAAUGAGAAUCAGACAUACGCAUUAAUCCUGCUUCUGUUAUCGUAGAGCAAAAUAUUCUGUGUUCAUUGCGAAAUUUGACAUUUUACUACAAGAUAACAGAAACAAAAUCUAGUGAUAAUAUCUUAUUUGAAAGUAAAAUUUAUUUAAAUUCAUGAUAUAUAAUAUUAUAUAACAAGUGAUUGAUCAGUUU